AUUCAAUGUAUUGGGUGCCAAACCAAACGCUACCUAGAGGAAGCAAAGUGGAUUAAUGGGGAAAAUGCUUUCCACUUCGACAGCUUUAGUUCAGCAAUAAUGGUGGUUCUCUAACUAGAAUCUCCGUUCCUCACUACAAGCCUACAUUUCACACUCAUUUGCAGGUAUGCUCCAUUGAUUCUUCUUCUUCGUCUUCUCCACUAGCCAUCUCUGUCAUGGAACCCACAUGGGUUCCGAUUCUGCAACCCAACAAAGCCUCCUUGAACUUACCACUCCUGCAACUGCUCUUGCUGCUUCUGCUGUCUUCAUCAACUGCCAGUGGAUACCAUUACAUUCACCCCCAAGACCAAGCUUCCCUCCUCUCCUUCAAGUCAUGGCUCCAAGACCCUAACCAGAGCCUCUCAACCUGGGUUCCGGGCUCGUCCUGCACCAACUGGACCGGCCUCACCUGCCUGAACCAGACCGGCCGGGUCGCCUCCCUCAUCUUGACGAACAUGAGUUUGGCAGGCCCCAUCCACCCCUCAUUAUGCAAUCUUUCAUUUCUCGAGACUCUCGCACUGUCGCGGAAUCGCUUUACUGGCCUUAUUCCGGUCUGUUUCGGCUCGUUUUGGAACCUCAAAGCCCUAGACCUUGGUCACAAUUUUCUCAGUGGUGGUGUUCCUGAUACUCUCGUGAACCUUACGAGUUUGAAAGAGCUUGAUCUUGGUGGUAAUCCAGCUUUGGGCGGUUUCGUUCCUUCUUGGAUUGGUAAUUUUUCUGCAAACCUUGAAAAACUUGAUCUGAGAUUCAAUUCAUUUCGCGGAGAAGUUCCUGAGAGUUUGUAUUACUUGAAAUCACUGAAGUAUCUGGAUUUGGGUAAUAAUUAUUUGUCAGGAAAUUUAAAGGGCUUUCAUCAAUCUUUGGUUUUCCUAAAUCUUGGUUCUAAUCAGCUUUCAGGCACUUUGCCUUGUUUUUUUGCGUCCGUUCAAUCCCUCACUGUAUUGAACUUAGCUAAUAAUUCUAUAGUUGGGGGAGUACCCACUUGUAUUUCUUCACUCCGAGCAUUGAAACAUCUCAACUUGUCAUUUAAUGGGUUGAAAUAUGAGAUUUCUUCAAGAUUUGUUUUUUCAGAGGAGCUUCUUGUUUUGGACUUGAGUUUCAAUGGUUUAUCGGGGCCUGUCCCAAGUAAAAUUGCCCGGACAACGGAGAAGUCUGGGCUGAUUCUUCUCGAUUUAUCGCACAAUCAGUUCACUGGGGAAAUUCCAGUGAGGAUCACUGAACUGAAAAGCUUGCAGGGAUUGUUUCUUUCUCACAAUCUUCUAACAGGGGGAAUCCCGGCAAGGAUUGGAAAUUUGACAUAUCUCCAAGUGAUUGAUUUGUCACACAACUCAUUAUCGGGUCCAAUUCCUUCGGACAUUGUUGGCUGUUUUCAGCUACUUGCUUUGAUACUCAACAACAAUGAGCUUUCUGGUGAAAUUCGACCAGAGCUGGAUGCAUUGGAUAGCUUGAAGAUUUUGGAUAUAAGCAACAACCAGAUAUCUGGUGAGAUCCCACUAACUUUGGCAGGCUGUAAAUCACUGGAGAUUGUGGAUUUGAGCGCCAACAAUCUGUCUGGUGCUUUAAAUGAUGCAAUAUCCAAAUGGUCCAACCUCAGAUUUCUCUCCCUUGCUGGGAACAAAUUCAGUGGAGAUCUACCAAGUUGGGCCUUCUCCUUCGAGUCAAUCCAAACAAUGGAUUUCUCAGGCAACAAAUUCUCUGGGUACAUUCCAGAUGGUAACUUCAACAUUAGCCUAAACUUCAAUAAUGGAGAUAUCGGUAGAAGAACACCUGGAGCCUCAUUGGUUGCGAUGCAGAAUUUGGAGAUCCGAAUUUCUCUGACUUUCACUGAUAGCAGUGACUUAAGCUUGAAUUAUGAUCUCUCUUCAUCAUUUGCAGUUGAUUUAUCAAACAAUAUGUUACAUGGGGAGAUCCCUGCAGGUCUGUUUGGGCUUCAGGGUUUGGAGUACCUGAAUUUAUCAUACAAUUUUCUGAGAGGUCAGAUGCCAGCAGGUUUAGAGAAGAUGCAGGGUUUAAGGGUUUUGGAUUUGUCUCACAACUCUUUGUCAGGUCAGGUACCAGAAAACCUCUCCAGCCUUCAAAAUUUGACACUCUUGAAUCUGGCAUAUAACUGUUUCUCUGGGUUGGUUCCCAAGAAUCAGGGGUAUUGGAGGUUCCCGGGUGCAUUUGCUGGAAAUCCGGAGUUGUGUGUGGAGUCCCCUGGUGAAGAUUGUAAGAAAGCAAGCAAUCCAGGAGUGCCAGGGAAGACAUUUGAAGAAGAAAUGGAGGAUGGACAAAUUUCGAUUCCAUUGUUCUGCAUUAGUGCUUUUGUUAGUUUCUAUAUUGGCGUUAUCGGUCUGUUUUGCCCUGCUCGGGCCAGAAACUACAUUCUUCAAACACAAAUUUGAGGUGGUAUGUAUGAGAAUGUAAAUUUUCUAUAUUGUACAUUCCAAUUUCUCUGUUUUGGGGGCCAUGCAGUGGUAAUAGAAGUUUGAGUCCCAAGUUGCCGAACC